AUGGCUGGCCAAGGCAACAAGACCGCGACGGCAUACAAGAUCAUUGAUAUCUGUAUCAUCAUGACACUCGCCUACAGCAUCCUCUGCUUAGCUGUGUUUCUGAAAGCGAAAGGAGCUGUAUGCUCGACAACUUCUUCAGGAGUGAAUCUCUCCAUUGCUUUUUCCUUACCUACCAUCAUUAUCAUGGGGCUCCGGUGUUACCUCAUGUUCCAGCAGAGGAGCAAUUCUCUGCAGACUAUAUCUCCCUCGACCGCAUCACCAAGGCUAGAGUCGGCUUGUACUACUUGUGUCCAAGUCCUGGUAUUUUUGUGGAUGAUCCUGGGUUGUCUCAAUCUCCUUGUCGCACUUCGAGCGCCCACGUGCCUGGGAGAGCCGUUGGAGGAAUGGCAGAAUGAUUUGGAAGAGCAGAACUGGCGAUACGGUCUCUCCUGCCGGAUGCACCGUGCUGUGGUGGCCCUGUCGGUCCUGAUGGCCAUCUUCGUGGCCUCCCUCUCCUUCUUGGAUCAACAACAUUCAACUCGCCGUCGAACGGGCGUCUUGAACUGUUACUGCACCUGCCUGUCUCGCAAAGCUUCAACAGUCCAUGCUCCGGCGCUCUCGGUAUCCAGCAGCCGUUCCGGUUUGACAGUCGAGAAACACGGCCAACUCUUCCUUGUCCCCGAGCGCCGCCCAAGCAGGUUCGAGCACGAACAAUGGUUACAGCGCCGCAAUAGCUUGUCGUCCCAAAAGGCCAUCUAUCCACACAAACACCACUACUAUGACCAUCGGCACAGGUACCAACCGUAUGCCUUCUCACAGAGCAGCCGAUACUCGAGUACCCUGCGCUCGGUCUCUGAGGGUCGGUCCUUGGAAUUGGGUGACCGGAAUUCGUCCUUGUGCUCGUCUCAAUCCUCUACUUCGGUGGGUACGAGGCCGUCGACUCGCGUCUCUACGGCCUGCUCGCGAAGCCGAGCUAAUAGCAACCCGGAAAGGGGAGACCUGCGCCGCGAUGCUACGACGAUAUCGGCGAAUGGCAAUAAUGCAAUGCCUGAAGUACCACCACUUCCUGCAGCUCCAGCACCGACCUGGUCUCCAGCUCUACACCAUACGCCGCUGAGCGCAGAUCCUACCAUUCGAGCUCUGAGCACUGGUUCGGGGCUGACACUGGCGAUGUACCAUUCAAGAUCAUCUCCAGAUUUGCUAGCCGCCCAAGCUGGAAUCGCCAACACGCCCUCUGCAGUGGCAAAGUCCACCCCAACCAAGGACGGAAUCACUGAGGUUUCGUCGUCUCCGCCAUGCGCAUCGACGAAGCGUGCGAAGAAGACCACCGCGGAGCCAGUAUCCCCAAGAAAACCGGCAUCACCAAUGCCCACUGUACCACCACCCCCUCCUCCCGUUCAACGUCCAGCGCAAGCAGCAGCCCCUGCCAUACCCACCCGCGCACCCGGCCAUUCAACGACACCUCCCACGGCGACAUCACAGACCGGCGCCGGCAACAGGGUCACAACUCGAUCGAGGUCCGCUUCAACGUCAGCCGCUACCUCACGGUCGAACCUCCGCCGGCCCAGCCCCAUCCGCUACCGCCAUUAUCAUCAGCACCAUCAGCACCAGCAUCACCAGCACCCUCAUCACUACCACCAGCAACACGCGCACGGGCUAGGCCCAAGCCAGAUUCAACUGCCGCUGCAGCAGUACCAACACCAACGCGUCUGGCGGCGUGAGAACAUGACCAACCCCUCGAGCAUCUACUCAGCGAGCAGCUACGGGACCGAACGGACCACAUCGGUCAUGACGCGAGGGAGCACCACCGCCGCCGCACAUGCGCCGACUCCAGGCCUGAGACCUGGCAUUACCCCCACCACCACCACGAAUGCAGCGCGGCAGUAA